AUCCGCGCUCGUCCCUUCCUUUGCACAAAACCCUAGCCACCAGUACCACCUCUUCCUCCUCGCUUCCCUCCGCCGCUGCUCUCUCUCAGCCAUGGGUCGCGUCCGCACCAAAACCGUGAAGAAGUCCUCGCGGCAAGUGAUUGAGCGCUACUACUCCAAGAUGACGCUCGAUUUCCACACCAACAAGAAGAUCCUGGAAGAGGUGGCCAUCAUCCCGUCCAAGCGUCUCCGGAACAAGAUUGCCGGCUUCUCCACUCACCUUAUGAAGCGUAUUCAGAAGGGCCCCGUCCGAGGCAUCUCCCUCAAGCUGCAGGAGGAGGAGCGCGAGCGCCGCAUGGACUUUGUCCCCGACGAGUCUGCCAUCAAGAUCGACCACAUUGAGGUCGAUAAGGAGACCAUUGAUCUCCUCGCUUCUCUCGGAAUGUCCGAAAUGCCCGGUGUUGUCGUCAAGGAGGAUAUCGGCGUGGCUGCGCCUGCCAUGCCGGCGUAUGCGGGACGUGGUGGCAGGAGGUACUGAUGUGGUUCCGUCCAUCGUAUUGGAUUUUACUUGUUUGUUUCUGUUUUGAUGGUAUCAGUAUCGGGUACUGCCUAGUUUUGUUUAGAUAAUUGAGAUUGUUGCUGUUGUGGUUUCGAUUCAAGUACUCUGGGACAGUUUUGGUGUUAAGGUUAUUUGGUACAUUUGACUUAUUGCAAUAUCUACAGCUUAAUUUGGAACAAA